CUGUGAUUGGUUGAAUAAGCAGGUCAGCCUUUUACGUAUGACGCAAAACGUCAAGACGCUCAGUUUGGAAAGUUGGCGCGAGGAAGGCUUCCGUUGAAACUUUUAACGAAUAAAAUUGGAUCAUUUGGAGUCGAACUCACAGUGUAAGGUUAAACAUGUUAAACGGUGCCCAGUUUGUGGAGGCCAUGGGCCGUCUGGCAUAUCCUGGUGCAGCUUCACUGCAGGCUUCAGAGUUUGAUUGGCUGUUCGACUGCGCCCCGGAGAACCUUCAUUUCUUGCGCUUCGUCUGUCGCACCCUCAACCAAAGGAACGUCCUGACCACAGAGGAGGCAGUUGCAUUUCAGGAGUUGCAGAAGUCUGGCAAACAUAUCCUGGAUGAAACAUCCCUGGCGGAGGUUCUCAAAACCAUAGGGCCUUCUGAUGGGAGCAGCACAAACAUCUUGGGACAUCGUUCUUCGUCCUCUGUGUUUGUGGUGGAGGGGGAUUUGGCUAUAGAAGAUUUGGAGGCAGAAAUCCAGGCACUGUGUAAAGAGAAGGAGUUAAAGCAGCGGCGCUACAACAAGCUGCAGGUAGCAGCCACAUCCCAUGCGGAUGUUGACUUGCAACUUGGUACUGAGCUGGACAGUGCUGCAUGCAAGCUUAAGGAAGCUAUUGCGUUGAUUGGAGCAGAGAAUGCUGACACCAACGCAGUGUUGCAAAACCUAACAGAUGAGGUUGGCAGGCUUGGAUCGUUCCUCCCUCAGCCAGAAGCUAGACAAAAAGCAGACCAGUUAAAGCCCUCCAUUUCCCAAAAGCCAAAAGUUCUCCUCUCUCAGCUGUCUUUGGAUCCCUACUUAAAUCAGGAGGAGCUCAACACAAAAACUCUCACUGCCUUCACUCAGAAGCAUUUUUUUCAUGGCAUAUCGGACAUUGUCGAGACAUCAUGUUCUGAGCACUUCCAGGUCCUUGACCUCAGCUCUUAUGAAGAUGAAAAGGAGAAGAAUACUGAUUGUAAAAGUGGAAGUCGUGUGGUUGAGCACAGGAGGACAGAAAUGGCCCGACUUCAGUGGUCGCAUAUUGUGGCUGAGCACCAGCUGAUGCAGGCUUUGGCAGAAGAGAAGGCUGUCAAGGCUGGCUUGGACUGGCUCUCAGAAAAGGCUCGUCAUACAAAGAGCAUUUCAACCUCUUCCUCCCUGCAUAUGCGUGAUGUCGUUACUAAGAAAGAGCUGCAAGCUGUGGAGGCUGAGAUGGAAGCGCUGCUUAAUGGACCGGUACCUUCUGCUCUCAGAGAGUCGGCCAGGCUGCUGAAUGUUCCUGUGGUGAGGGGAGACCUAACAUUGCAACUUGCCAGGCAAAACUACUACAUUUCUAGGCAGGAUCAGGUGCGUGACUAUUUACUUCGUCAGAAAGUGUCCUUUGACUUGCUCCUCUUGGCUCAUGAGCUGGAGUUGAGAAGGUGGAAGUGCUGCCAGAAUCAACUGAUGGAAAUUGAUAGCAGACUGUCAGAGGAAUACAAGGCAGCAUCUCUGAGAAUAGAGUCCUUGGCUCACCCAGGCCUGGCUAUCAACCCGAGACCCAACCCAUUCAUCAGCUCCCAGGAUGUUGCCUUAUGCAGACUUCUUCAGAUUCUUGACCGUGAGUCAGACCGCGGUCGAUCAGAGCCAUUUCAAACGUAUGAAGGUUUGGAUCAAGCAGCCCAAAACCUAAGGACCAACAUUCAGUUGAGCCGAGACUCAGUAGCUGGUGCCCGCCGUGAACAGCACUACAUAGCCGCUCGUCUGUACAGCGACUGCGAAGCGCUCCACAGGGCCACAUACACUGAACUUCAGCAGUUGCUCUUAGGCCCGCAGGUAUGUCCAACGGCCACUGCAGACCAGGACUCCUUUUGUCCCAAUGCACAGGAACUGACACUGAAACUUGUAGAAGUUGAUUCUCAGUUGAAGAAUCUACAACAAGUGAUGCAGGAAAUCCUGGGAGAAGUCAAAGCAAAGCGCUCUCAGCUAGAACGCAAUCCCCUGCUCCGGCGGGAAAGGGAAUUGUACAUCUUCUUCCACUUGGACACACGACUUCUGCAGAAAGUAGUGGAAGAUCUGGAGAACAAGAUACCAAACAGAGGAGACCAGUGAAACCAUGAGGACCUCUUCCAGCCGUCUCAGCUCCUCUUCUGUUCCUGCUAUGACAAUAAGGACUUAUUACUCUUUUGGACGAUAGAGAUGAAUCUAUUGGAAGUUUGAACCACUGUUGUUUUGUGAAGGCAAUAAUGAUUAGUUUGGGGAAAUUGAGCAGUUCUGUUUAAGUAUUGCGGUAUUUCUAAAAAAAA